AGGUUAGAGUUAGAAUAUACCCACGUGUAUCAUGUUCAUUGCGUGUCCUUAAAUGUAAACAUCUCUCAUCCGUUCCUAUAAUUCGGUCGAUUUCAUAAUUCGUAAUCACAUAGAUUACGCAAUAUACAACAAAAAAAAACUAUAAAGACAGGUAACAUAAUUUAUUAAAUGGUAUUCUUAAAAAAAAAGAAUAAAACGUGUGUGGUUAAGUUAAACUUUCUUCGGGCGUAGCUAUUUCCUUUUUUUACUGGAUAGUGAAUUAUCGUUUUUAAUCUCUUCUUAAUAUUAUAUAACGCCCAGGUUGAUAAUCAGGAAUCGGCAGGAUGUCGGAGGUACAUGAGGUCGACAAAAAGAAACGCAAGAAGAAACGUUCUCACAAGCAAAUGGCAAAGAAAUUUGCUCGUCAAAGAACCUCGACCAACAAUCUGGACCAAGACACCUAUGAGUACAUGAUGCGUAUUCUUGAGGUGAUAUACGACAACUCGACUUCGUCCGAGGAGAAAGUAAUGCUCGCGCAGAAUGUCUAUCAGGAGAUAGCUGGUUGUGAGGUCGAAUGCGCAUGUAAUCAGGUUGGAUCUCGUGUCAUAGAUUCUCUGCUAAAGUACGCCAACUUGGAAGCCAUUCAGAAUCUGACUCAGGCACUUGAGUCGUCCCUAAGGCGCCUGUGUAGCGACAAAUUUGCCAGUCAUAUUUUGCAAAAGAUAUUAAUGGUCUGCGCCGACAGAGGCAACAGACUUCCAGUAUUGAAAACAAAGAAUGCCACUGGUGACAAAAUAGGCACAAAAUUAGAGAAAGGUGCUGACACUAUUAUAGAAGUUGAUCCAUCCGAGGUGCAGUCCUAUCAUGACAUUGUUCUGAAACUGAGCAAAUACAUUCUCAAUAACAGCGAGGAGUUUGUGUUUGACGCUUAUGCCAAUCACGUGUUGCGAGCAGUUAUAGAAUGUCUGGCAGGGUUGAUCGAAGUUCCUAACGAAAAUAAUAAGAAAGCCUCUAUGCCGGAUCUUGCAGGAAGACGCCCAGUGGUCCAAGAUUAUAAAGAUUUGCUGGUGCAAAGUUGCGACCGAUUGCAAAAAUGGCCACAAUUCCAUCAAUUUGGACGAGAACAGAUGACCUCCUGUCUAGUACAAUGUAUCUUAUUUUCCUUGAAGGAUGUUGAUUCAGAUUUAUUAAAAACUAUUAUCAAACAGAUUAGAACAGAAUGUUUUAAAACGGAGGAAAACGAGAAGAUAUCAAGUAUAUUCAAUUCAGAAUAUUCCAUCAGAAUUCUGGAAGCUUGUCUGAUGGUAGCGCAACCGAAAACCUUCAAGAAACUGUACAAAACCUAUUUCGCUGAAAACUUAGAAUACCUGUGCUCGACACAAAAUACCAACUUUAGCGUGCAAAAGUUAUUAGAUUAUUGCGUCACUAAGGAACUUUUCGAAGAGAUAUUCGAUAAAGUGGUGGAAUACUUUCCAAAAAUUUUCAAGCAAGGCUUCACCGGGAUAUUAGUCAGCACUGGAAAUGCGUGUUUAAGAUUGCAGACGAAGCAAGGUCCGUUCAUCAACGCGAUAACCGAACUGCUAAAAUGCAAUGCAUCCACAGAGAAUCAAAAAGCACAACUUAUACGAUGUAUAAUAACUCUAAAGAAGCCAUCUGAACUGAACAACGAAUCAGAUAAUCCACAAUUAUCUCUCCAUUUACACGGAAGUCUAAUUAUACAAGCCAUGUUAAAAUUCAAUAAACCCAUUAAAAUCAUAAACUCCUUAUUGGAGAUGAGUAACGAAGAGUUGCUGCAAUUAUUUUGCGAUUCGAAGGGCAGUCGUGUUCUGAACGCUUUCAUGGACAGUAAAUACAUCGGAGACAAGAGUAGGGAGAAAUUAUGCAAGAAAUUGCAUGGCACUUGGGCAGAAUUAGCCAAAAGCACGUAUGGAUCUUGGUGUUUGGACAAAAUAUGGGCGUGGGCGCACAUGAAGCUAAAAGUUCUCAUUAUGGAGGAGUUGGCCGCAGCCGGGCAAUCUUUAGGAUCCACGAAAUCGGGCAGGAUCAUUUCCGCGAAGCUAAACGUUCCCUUGUUCGCAAGAGAUAAGAAGGAGUGGUCGCAAUUUCAAGGGAAAGAGGAGAGGACCAAAGCGAUGUUUGCAGAUAUUAUCGGAAAGACCUCUGAGAAAUAAUAUUCCGUAAAAUAUAAUAGUUUCAUAUCGCAAUACGAAAGAAUCCAUUAUAUGUAUGUAAUAUACAUAGUUAUAUAAAUUGCAAGUGUAUUGUAUAUUACGAAAUAUCAGAUAUUUUACAUUUGACCGACAAA